UCAUCCCUUUUCCUUCCCCACAACCACAGACACCUUUCAGUCUCCUCCGGCGCCUCUCUGCCGCCGGCUUUGAGGUCUUCGGUGAUGCUGUUACUUCGCGGCGGCCCCUCAAGGGGUCGCCUUUGGCCGGCUCUCGCAAUGGCGUUUGCCCUUUUGUUGGCUUCGAAUAAUGUCAUGGUAUCUGCUGCAGAGGAGGAACCGUACAUCUAUGUGUCACCGCCGCCGCCUUCGCCUCCAGCUUACUACUACAAGUCUCCUCCGCCACCAUCUCCGUACUACUACAAGUCGCCACCGCCACCAUCUCCCUCGCCACCACCACCAUAUCAUUACAAGUCCCCGCCACCGCCUUCGCCAUCUCCGCCACCGCCAUAUUAUUACAAGUCUCCGCCGCCUCCUUCGCCAUCUCCACCACCACCAUACCACUACAAGUCGCCGCCACCGCCUUCACCUUCUCCACCACCACCGUACCACUACAAAUCUCCUCCUCCACCUUCUCCGUCUCCUCCACCUCCAUAUUACUAUAAGUCUCCUCCUCCCCCAUCUCCUUCUCCACCUCCUCCGUACUAUUACAAAUCUCCUCCUCCGCCUUCUCCUUCACCACCACCUCCCUACUACUACAAAUCCCCACCUCCUCCUGAGAAAUCUCCUCCUCCUCCGUACUACUACAACUCUCCACCUCCACCAUCGCCUUCUCCUCCUCCUCCAUAUCACUACAAGUCUCCUCCUCCACCAUCGCCAUCGCCUCCUCCUCCAUACCACUACAAGUCUCCUCCUCCACCAUCACCAUCGCCUCCUCCUCCAUACCACUACAAGUCUCCUCCACCACCAUCACCCUCACCACCACCACCAUACUACUACAAAUCUCCUCCACCACCAUCUUCGUCACCGCCUCCACCAUACUACUACAAAUCUCCUCCACCGCCAUCUCCGUCACCGCCUCCACCAUACCACUACAAAUCUCCACCUCCACCAUCUCCUUCACCUCCUCCUCCCUAUCACUAUAAAUCACCUCCACCACCAGAAAAAUCCCCUCCCCCACCUUACCAUUACCAAUCUCCACCACCACCUUAUUAUUACAAUUCUCCUCCACCACCAGCAAAAUCGCCACCACCGCCUUACCAUUACAAAUCACCCCCUCCACCGGCCAAGUCCCCUCCCCCACCCUACUACUAUGUAUCUCCUCCGCCUCCCGCAAAAUCACCACCACCGCCAUAUUAUUACACAUCUCCACCACCACCAACACACCAGUAUCCUCCCUUGAUUAAAGUGGUCGGACAUGUCUACUGCUUUAAGUGCUAUAACUGGAAACACCCAUUAGAUUCCAGCCACAAGAAGCUUUUCAAAGGAGCCAUUGUCAAGGCAAUAUGCAAGGCCGGCGAGAAGGAGUACAUUGGCUAUGGGAAGACCAAGGCAUAUGGCAAGUACAGCGUCAAUGUUGAGGGAUAUCCUUACUGGAAGUAUGGAGCCAAGGGCUGUAAGGUUGAGCUCCAUGCGGCCCCUAAGGGCUCCAUUUGUAACAUUCCCACUAAGAUCAAUAAGGGAUCACCUCUGAAGGUUGAGCAUAAGUCCGACGAUGUGAUCGUUCUCAAGGCUAAAUCUCUCGUAUUUGCACCUUCACCACAUAAGUACUAUGAGGAAUGCAAGAAGCACCACCAGCAUUCGCCACCACCGUCAGCACCGAUUUAUCACUACAAGUCUCCACCACCUCCCUCUCCAACAUAUUACUAUAAAUCUCCACCUCCACCACCUUACUAUUAUAGUUCGCCACCACCGCCGGUGAAAUCACCCACACCACCAUAUUACUAUAAAUCUCCUCCUCCUCCCUCGCCAUCUCCUCCCCCUCCUUACUAUUAUAAAUCUCCACCUCCUCCAUCGCUAUUGCCUCCACCUCCUUAUUACUAUAAUUCCCCACCACCUCCUUCUUCAUCCCCUCCUCCUCCCUAUUAUUAUAAGUCACCACCUCCACCUUCUCCAUCUCCACCUCCACCCUAUUAUUACAAGUCACCUCCACCACCAUCACCAUCUCCUCCCCCUCCAUACUAUUACAAUUCUCCUCCACCACCACUGAAAUCACCACCACCUCCAUACUAUUAUAAAUCUCCUCCACCACCUUCACCUUCUCCUCCUCCACCAUACUAUUACAACUCACCACCACCUCCCAGUCCAUCACCACCACCACCUUAUUACUAUACGUCCCCACCUCCUCCAGUGAAGUUGCCUCCUCCUUAUCAUUACAUCUCACCACCACCACCAUCACCAUCUCCACCACCACCCUAUUAUUACAAAUCACCUCCUCCACCAUCUCCAUCUCCCCCACCUCCCUACUAUUACAAGUCACCUCCUCCACCAUCACCAUCUCCUCCGCCACCAUACUACUACAAUUCCCCACCACCACCAUCACCAUCCCCUCCGCCACCAUACUACUAUAAGUCUCCUCCUCCACCAUCUUCAUCUCCUCCACCUCCUUACCACUACAAUUCCCCACCACCACCAUCACCAUCCCCUCCGCCUCCUUACCACUACAGAUCUCCACCACCACCAUCACCAUCACCUCCACCUCCUUACCACUAUAAUUCUCCACCGCCACCAUCACCAUCCCCUCCACCUCCUUACCACUACAGAUCUCCACCACCACCAUCACCGUCACCUCCACCUCCUUAUCACUACAAUUCCCCACCACCACCAUCACCAUCCCCUCCACCUCCUUACCACUACAGUUCUCCACCACCACCAUCACCUUCACCUCCACCUCCUUACCACUACAAUUCCCCACCACCACCAUCACCAUCCCCUCCACCUCCUUACCACUACAAUUCUCCACCACCACCAUCACCGUCACCUCGACCUCCUUACCACUACAGUUCCCCACCACCACCAUCACCAUCUCCACCACCUCCAUACUAUUACAAGUCACCUCCUCCACCAUCACCUUCUCCUCCACCUCCUUACUACUACAACUCCCCGCCACCACCAUUGCCAUCUCCUCCACCACCAUAUCACUACAAAUCACCUCCCCCACCAUCACCUACUCCGCCACCUCCAUACCACUACAAGUCACCUCCUCCCCCAUCACCAUCCCCUCCACCUCCAUACUACUACAAUUCCCCACCACCACCAUCGCCAUCUCCUCCACCCCCAUACCACUACAAGUCACCACCUCCACCAUCACCAUCCCCUCCACCUCCAUACUACUACAAAUCACCUCCUCCACCAUCACCAUCCCCUCCGCCUCCAUACCACUACAAUUCCCCACCACCACCAUCACCAUCGCCUCCACCCCCAUACCACUACAAGUCACCACCUCCACCAUCGCCAUCCCCUCCACCUCCAUACCACUACAAAUCACCUCCUCCACCAUCACCAUCCCCUCCACCUCCAUACCACUACAAUUCCCCACCACCACCAUCGCCAUCUCCUCCACCCCCAUACCACUACAAGUCACCUCCUCCACCAUCACCAUCCCCUCCACCUCCAUACUACUACAAUUCACCUCCCCCACCAUCAUCGCCCCCUCCUCAUCCUUACCAUUACAUUUCCCCGCCGCCACCAUCACCAUCUCCACCUCCAACCUAUAUCUACUCCUCUCCUCCACCACCAAUUCCCUACAAGGCAUAAAUCAAUCAACAUUCUCUCCCCCUCAUCUCCAAAGUUAUAGUGUUAGUAGUGGAAUAAAGAGGGGUCAGAGAAUAGGGAAGUCCCUGUCUCAAGCUCUUUAUCUUUGUGUCCAGUGUUAUGAGAAUAAUAUGCAGAGGAAUGCUCGCAAGAGGGUAACUAAUCCUAACCAAAGUAUUGCGAGACAAGUAUUGGUGGGUUCCCUAAGGUCCUUCUUGGUUUUUGUAAGUUUUGCCAUGAUGAAUAGGGAUGACAAGCUCGUGCACGGAGUUUCAACUGCAGCUUUGAGAAGGAACAAUAAAAGAAAAGAAAUUUAAGGAGUGGUUGGUCAUUGUUUGUUCUUUUUAUGUUGGUUUUUUUAGUUAUUCAUGUAUUUCUUUUAUGUAUAUUGAGCCAGAAGGAUUUAUUUGUCCAUUGCCGAGUUCAAGUUUCUUUGUGAUA